GUCGUGUGUAUUUAUUUGUUUAGAAAUGGUACUAUAACUUUUCAAAAUUGGCGGAAUGGAAAUGGAAGAAAUAGGGAAAAGAAUUAGGGAAUACGGUCAGAAGAGAAACCAAGCAGCUUUGCAAAUAUACGUAAAGGAAUUGGACGUAAACGUGUUGGUCUCAUUUGUUGCACAAAAAUACAAUUCGCCAAAUUUUAAUUACAUCUGGGAUUACUUGAUGCAAUCUUUUACCAGCUCGCCAGAAUGUCAUCGAAAAAGAUUUGAAAUAGUUUCGACUUUAUUACACGAAUUGGAGAAGGGGCUUAUUACCAGCUCGCAAUGUAAUAGCAUUAUAACACGAUUGUGUGUAGAAUUUCCAAAGUUUAAGCCAUUACAUCUGAUUCGUUUAUGCAGUUUUUGUUUGGAGUGUAUACAAAAGGGAACAGUGUCCGAAAUGUGCUGGAAAGAUACGCUACCUGAGAUUUCGAAUGUGUUGAUUGACUGUAGCCAUGUGGAAUAUAAUGAUCAAGAUAUGUCUGGGUUAGAGUAUAAAGCACAGUUAAUUAAUUCUUUGUGUAUGAUGACGUGGUCUCCUGCGAUUGUAACAUCACUGGCAUCUAUGUUUACUGAUAUGCCUUUAACCAAAGAAGAACAUUUACAAGUGGUAAAUAAGUUAGGGCAACAUAUGGAAAAGUUAACUUGCCAAGAACUGCCUGCCUUUGUUUAUCAAUUAUUAAAAUUAUGUCGAUACCAAAAUUGCCGUUCAAUAUACUUAAGAUUGCAGAACUAUUUUGGGACUAGAACUUACAGCAAACCGGAUAGAUUAUGUAAUUCUGAAUCUGAAACGCCAGAUUUAGAUAUUAUUGAGGAGUCCGCUCAAGAUGCAAUAGAAGUCGAAAGCACAAUAUUAUUUCACAUUUACCAAUCUGCUUCUACAGGAAGUGAGAGUACUAAAGAUUUCCUUACUUCUUUUAAAAAUAUGAUGAAAUCGCCCGAAUUUAUUUUGCACCCAUUCCAAAUUACUGUAUUGCUCACAAUUUCAAAUAUCUCCACCAGCGAAGAGCAGAUAAUGGACGUUUUGAAAGCCAGCAUUUCUAAAGCCGUUCAAGAAGAUUUAAAGAAAAUGGAUUCCUGCUGGUUUAGGGAAAUGGUACCAUCAACAUGCAAAGUGGAGGAUGUAAUUAAUCAAGUUAUCGAAUGUAGUAUAGCCGAGCGGUAUUUAGUGGUUCAAGGUUUAGUACAAUUGGCAUACACAUUGCUGGCCGUUGGGCAAAUGUUAGGUCGUGAUGGUGACUUGGCUUGUGAGCGUCAAUGGCGAAUGGGAAAGAUGAUUCUAUUGAAGGUUAUUAAAAAAAAGAGACAAACAGCAUCAUCUAUCAUUACUGCUUUGAUCAACCACAUCGUCACUGGAAGAAGCGUUACCCAAUAUAUUGAUUGUAUCUAUACAUUAUCCCAAAAAAUGCCUUUAGUAAUGUUGGAAAACCAAAGCAGCAUUGUUGAACUUUUGGAAUACUUAGUUCAAGGUCCAGGAUCAACAGCAAAGUUGAUAUUGAGUGCCAUUUUACCAUUGAUUAAAAUUUCCUCGACCAUUAGAGAUCAUUUAAUAUUGCUGCUGCGAAAGUCAUUAUACUCGCGGGUAAUGGAGACGAAACAAAUGGCGGUAGCAGGUUUUCUGAAGUUAAUAAAAAACUUAAAAGUAUCUAAUUUGGCAGUACUUAGUCAAUCUUCAUCAAGUUCAAUGUCCUCAGGCCAUUCGGUACUUACCCAAGUAUCCCUAAGCUGCACGGGAAGAGCCAGUAAUGUUUUUACAAAUGAAGCUUUGUGUUUGGAAGUUCUCGGAAUUUUGCGGCGUUGUUUUAUGCAACAAGCGGAAAUCAGACACGAAUUGUAUGAUGGAUUGUAUGAUGCAGUUUGUAUGAACCCAGAAUUAGGCAUACCAGUUAUUGACAUACUAUCGAUACAUUUCAAUGAAUUUUACAUAUCUGAUCAAAAUGAACUUCCACCUCUUAAGUUUUCUAACAUUACUAUUGUUAAAGAUGUUGAGGUUAAAUUAUUGGAACCACUGGGAAAAUUAAUUUUCACAAUUGGUCUCAUUGUCACAAAGAUACAAGAAGAACAUGAUGAUAACGCGACUAUUAUUGAAAUAAGAAACACGUUAGAUUCUUUGUGUACUCGUAUGAGCACCUGCGAACUUAUUCAUUUUGAGCUUGACGAUGGAACUGACUUACUGGACAAUGUUCCAGAGUCGGAACACAAACUGUUUGUUCUCAAGGAAGCUUUAUCGAUAUAUGAGGCUUUAAUAGGCUACAAGAUUUGCACUUGGGGACCUCACUCGAACAAUACUGGACAACAGAUCAAUAAUCUUUUUCAGUGUCAUACACGAUUAAUGGAUUUUUCAAAAAACCUUAUCAAAUCAAAAAAAGGAGACAAAAAGAAGCACACACCCGAUGAAACCAGAAAUACACAGGGUGCACAAAAUGCUACACAUAAUGACACGUCGACCAAGAGUGCACCUAAAGCUUUUGAACCUAAUAAGACUAUUUUAGACUUCCAAACGCUUGGGAAAGUUUUACACUUGCUGCAUGACUCCAACGUUAACUGGACAACUGCUCCAGAAGCUAAUCACAUCAAAGCUAAACCUGAGAUCCAUAGACACAUUAUGCGCUGUACCAUACAGUUAAUUAAAAAACUGAAAUCUAUGAGAAAGGCAGAAGUACACUGUAACAAAAUGUACUACAAUUACAUUACUGAAAUAGCAUGUAUUUUGUAUAACAGUUGCGUUACUCACUUCGAUUCAGUGCUAGAUUUUGACAGCUCAACUGCUACUCUGGUGCUGGAGUGUUUUUAUAUUAUUCUUGGUAUUAUCAACUUGCAUUAUCGCAAUAGUAUGGCAACAUUUUUAAAUUCAGUUGCUGGCAAUAGUAAAGAUGAAGAAUUUUCAAAUUCUUUAUCUAGUAUUUUAGAGACAUAUCAUAAACUACUUGAAUUAGAUGAGAUAGAAUCCGGUACAGAUGUCGACACACAUAAGCUACAAUUAGUGAUGGUAAACACAAUUGCUGCCUUGUCACAGCAUGCGCCUUCAUCUGGUAGCACCUUAUCACAACAGUUAUUACAAUGGAUUAAGAAUUAUUUGAAUAACAAAACUAUCAGUAACAAACAGGUUCUCAUUAGUUUCUUCAAUAUGGCGCUUACUGUGCAAAUCAAAUUUAAGAGUACCCUGGGAUUAUUUGAAUCCAUAGCAUCUCGAUUAGUGUCCGUUUUAGGAGCAAUCAAUGAGCACGAAGAAAAGUUUGAAGAAUUAACUUUAAUUAACGAGAGUUCUGCUUUGUCAGUUUAUACCUUGUUUUGCACUAGAAUUAAGAUGAUAUUGGAUGAUAUAGAUUGGAUAGUCCUGAGAUUACGAUCUGAAUUUGGAAUGCUGAAUUAUCCAGGAGAAGAGAACACGGACAGACGAAAAGAAUACCUUAAGAGCAAGGAAAGAGGCGUCUGUUGCCAAUUAUGUCCCAUAAUAACAAUUAUACAUACCAUAUCUAACACACGUAUAUCACCUGGAAGUGUGUCUGAUACACUGCUAAAGACUAUUACUCAUCUCUAUAGCACAUUGACAACAUUAACAAAGUAUUUUAUCUUAAGAUCCUCCAAAGUAAACAUCGUUUUUCAAGGUGCCAGGUUUGAAAAAGUUGUAAGGUUAGCGGGUAAGCAGUUAUCAUCUAUAGUAUAUGAUUACAUCGUCUACAUAGAAGGUUUUAAUAAACAAGCUACCCAAAAUACUCAGUCGAAAAAGAAACCGGUGAAUGUAGGCGCUCUGAAAAGCAAAGUAUUGCGGGAAACGAGAUUAAUACCAAAAGUGGUAUAUGAAAUGGAACAAUUUGGAAAAUCUGUUAUCCAACUGUCCAAAAAAACUCAGGUUGAUUUAUCAAAAUUCGUUGGUCAAGGAACAUCAAGAGACUUCCGAAUAAAAGGUUUACAAGCAGUCUUAGAUCAAAUGCAUGACGAAAGUGUGAUGAAUGAAAGUACAGAAUCGGUAGCAAAUGACGAUCAUGGAGAUGAUACAGAACAACCAGACUCAUCAGAUCGAGAAAAUGAGUCUCAUUCUGCAGCUAAGAGAAUUCGAAGAAGCUAAUGCCUUCUUUUUGAAAUUGUUUUAUUUGUUCUUUGCGUUAAUAUUGACUUUGUUUCUAAUAUUUAUUCAUAUUGUGUAGUUUCUUAGAUACAUGAAUCUAAGAUUUUAUUCUUGUAAUCAUUUUGUAUUGUACUUUUUUAACUAAACUUAUCAUGUAAUGCUUGUA